AUGGACGAUCUUGAGAAAGCUAUACUAAUAAGUUUUGACGAAUCGGGUUCAAUUGAUUCUGUUCUGAAAUCACAAGCUGCUGCUUAUUGUCAACAAAUCAAGGAGAAUUCAUCGAUUUGUAAUAUAUGUAUAGAGCGUCUAAGUGUUUCUAAUAUAGUACAAGUACAGUUUUGGUGCUUACAAUGUCUACAUGAAGUGCUUUCUGUUCGGUACUCGUCAAUGAGUUCGGAGGAGAUGUCUUUGAUCAGGAAUUCUGUGUUUUCCAUGGCUUGUUUCGAGGCUAUUGAUGAUAAGAAAUCCGUUAGGGUUUUGGAGGGCCCUACAUUCAUCAGGAAUAAGCUUGCUCAGGUUUUGACGACUUUGAUUUACUUCGAGUACCCGUUAAUCUGGCCAUCUGUGUUUGUUAAUUAUCUGCCCCACCUCAGCAAAGGUGCAGUGGUGAUUGAUAUGUUUUGUAGGGUUUUAAAUGCUCUGGAUGAUGAAUUGAUUAGCUUAGAUUAUCCCCGAAGUCCAGAAGAGCUGGCCGUUGCGGGGCGGGUUAAGGAUGCAAUGAGGCAGCAGUGUGUGGCUCAGAUUGUCAGAGCAUGGUACCAGAUUAUCUCCGUGCAAAGAUAUUCUGAUCCAGAACUAUGUACCAGCAUUUUAGAUUCUAUGAGGAGAUAUAUUUCUUGGAUUGAUAUUGGAUUAAUUGUGAAUGACGCCUUUAUCCCUUUAUUGUUUGAGCUUAUCUUGGUUAAUGGGUUUCCUGUUCAACUCCGAGGGGCUGCUGUUGGUUGUGUCCUGGCCAUAGUUUCCAAGCGGAUGGAUGCAAGUUCCAAGAUUGGACUUUUGCAGAGCCUUCAAAUAAGUAGGGUUUUUGGCUUGGUAGCUGAAGAUGGUGAUUCUGAGUUGGUCUCAAAAGUAGCAGCAUUGCUUACCGGGUAUGCUACUGAAAUUCUUGAAUGCACUAAAUAUUUGGAUCCUGAAGAGGUGGCUGGUGUUCCAGUGGAUCUUUUAAACGGGGUUUUGCCUUCUAUAUUUUAUAUUGUGCAGAACUGUGAGGUUGACACGGCACAUACUAUUACACCGUUUCUUUCGGAUUAUGUCAACAAAAUGAAGAGUUUUUCUCGACUGCAGGAGAACCAGCUGCUUCACAUGGGUCAAAUAUUAGAAGUUGUUCGCAGUCAGAUUCAGUAUGAUCCUAGCUAUCGUGAUAAUCUUGAUACCCUGGACAAAAUUGGGAGAGAAGAGGAAGAUAGGAUGUUGGAGUUCCGAAAGGAUUUAUUUGUUCUGCUUCGUAGUGUGGGUCGUAUAGCACCUGAUGUCACCCAUAUUUUUAUCAGUAAUUCUUUAGCCGGUGCUGUUGCACCUUCUGCUGAUAGGAAUGUUGAGGAGGUAGAAGCUGCACUGUCUCUGUUAUAUGCAUAUGGAGAGUCGUUAAGUGACGAGACAAUGAGAUCUGGAAGUGGUUUCCUGAGAGAUGUGGUGCCAAUGCUCUUAUCGACUAGGUUUCCUUGCCAUUCCAGUAGGCUAGUGGCUCUUGUAUAUCUGGAAACAAUAACAAGAUAUAUGAAGUUUGUUCAGGAGCACACUGAAUAUAUACCCAUGGUUCUAGCUGCCUUUCUUGAUGAGAGAGGAAUUCACCAUCCCAAUGUCAAUGUCAGUCGAAGGGCAAGCUAUCUUUUCAUGAGGGCUGUAAAAUUGCUCAAGCAAAAGUUUGUGCCUUUCCUGGACACAAUUCUGCAGAGUCUGCAGGAUACUGUAGCUCAAUUUACAAAUAUGGAAUGCACAUCAAAAGACCUUUCUGGAUCUGAAGAUGGUAGCCAUGUUUUUGAGGCAAUUGGCUUAUUAAUUGGGAUGGAAGAUGUACCUCUAGAGAAGCAAACUGAUAUGCUUUCAGCAUUGCUUACUCCUCUUUGUCAGCAGGUUGAGGUAUCGCUUCUAAAUUCCAAAGUACACAAUCCUCAAUUGUCUCCUGCAAAGAUUGCAAAUAUUCAGCAAAUAAUUAUGGCUGUUAAUGCCCUGAGCAAGGUUACUCUCAAUCCUUUCUCUUUUAAUGAGGGCUUCAAUGAGCGUCUUGUUACCACUAGCCGACCUGCAAUAGGCCUCAUGUUUAGACAGGUGACAUCAUUUAUUCACCGCAUGGUGGACACCUUGGGAACAUCCAUCCUUCCUCAUCUUCCAAAGGCAUUGGAGCAGUUACUUACAGAAACUGAGCCGAAGGAGAUGGCGGCUUUCCUUGUGCUACUCAAUCAGUUAAUCUGCAAAUUUAGCACUGUAUUCUAUGAUAUAUUGGAGGGAUUGUAUCCUGUUAUUUGUAGCAGGAUCUUCAAUAUUUUGCCAACAGAUGUAUUUCUGUCUGGGCCUGGGAGCAAUACAGAGGAAAUUCGUGAACUGCAAGAGCUUCAGCGAACAUUAUACACAUUCUUUCAUGUGAUAGCUACACAUGAUUUGUCUUCAGUUUUCCUUUCCCCGGAAAGUAGAUUGUAUCUGCAUUCAAUGAUGCAAAUGCUGUUUUAUGCUGCUUGUAAUCACAAGGAGAUCCUUGUGAGAAAGAGUUGUGUACAGAUAUUUAUUAGACUGAUUAAGGAUUGGUGUAGCAGGACGAAUGGCGAAGAAAAGGUACCUGGUUUCCAGAGCUUUGUAAUUGAGACCUUUGCAACGCAUUGUUGUUUGUACAGUGUGCUAGACAAGUCCUUUGAGUUUCGUGAUGCUGAAUCUGUAAGUUCCUUUGUUGCAUAG